UGCUACAUAGUUCUGCCCUUGACAGAUACAGUUCUGCUGUAGCUAGAUAUUUAUGCCACCUUAUAAAUCUGUAGUUUUCCUGCUCCCCGAUGUGUCGUUUUCCAGUAGAGUUUAUAUAUUUAGUUUGAUUGUAGUGAGAGAAAAAAAAAACCCAAAGUCCUGCUAGUAUAAGCUGCAUUUCCAAUUUACCACAAAGACACUUUCUGUAUCUGUAAAGUUUUGCAGCAGAGGUAAGUCCAUAGCCUAGAGUUCAAGAGCUUUGCAAGCAAGCAUGGAUGCGUUGGUGUGCUGCCUUGAUAUUCAUCGUACUCCAGCUGUAUUUUCAGAGCCUUGCUGGCAUACUUCCACAUCAGUUCCAGAAAAGUUGUAUCUGCGUAACUGCAGUUAUGUUUUAUUAUGUGGCUCUCUAAUGGUCACUGAUCAUCCCUUUUCAUGCUGUGUUAGGCUUGUGAUAAGUCUAAUGACUGGUGCUUUUUAGCGUAGAUGUAGCAGUGAAAGCAUGAAAGUGGGUCAUCCUUGUCUAAGUAAUAGAUAUAGUCCAGGCAUAAGAGCCUCUGAUAAUGUAAUUCAUUCUGUUUGAGAGUUGGCAUAAUAUAGUAGUUCUGCUGGAAUGAGCUGCAUCUGUGCUGGAAAGCCUUUUUUAUGGUGACAUCCUUGGUCUGGCGUAGGCUUCGGGAUUGUCUACAAAAACAAGUGUGUUUUACUUUCAUAUAGUAGAGGAAAAUCAGUAAGAUUAAUAAACUAUUCUAACAUUCACUGUGACUUGCAGCUGUUAUAGUUUCAAAGUGGGCAUAAUCAGUAUCAGUAAAGCCCUUGUUGCACUGACAGAAAUGCAUAAGCACUGGCCUGAACUGAUGUUUUUUCAAAGUCGUAACGUAGCUAAAUGAAUAUAUGUAUCUUUUUUUCACAAUGUUCAUUUGCCCCUGCUUUUCAUUGUUGAAGAAACAACUACUGCGUCUGUGUUAUUUUUGCUUUAUUUGAAAAUCGCUGAGGUUUUAGACAAAGCAAAAAUUAAUGAUUAACUGGCACAAUAGACUUACCAAAUAUUUUUACGGCUUUAAUUCUUUUUCUUACACUAGUUUUAAAAUGCACUAGAGCUACUUCCAAUGUUACUUUGAGCAAGGGAAUACUUACCAAAAGGAGAAGAAAGUGAACAUAUCACUGUCGAGACUUAAUACAAUAGCCUUUCUUUAAUUGAAGGUAUUAAGAGUGGGGAUACUGGAGAGAAAGUUUUAACUUCAUUGCAAGAGACGUGAUUUUUGUUAGGGCUGAUCUGAUGCCUUGUCUUGGGUGGAGAUCACAGUAGUUUUACUGCAAACUUGAUCCGAAGACUUGAUGUUGAAGACUUUUGAAGACUUGAUGUUGAAGCUUGGAUGUUUUGAGAUGUGUCACCUACAGGAAGUAUCUUGGCCCCACUGAAAUAGGUGGCAAAAUCUCCGUUGGCUUCAAUAAGGACAAGUUUGGCAGUGUGGAGAAUUUUCAGUUUGGUUCUGGGAGUGCUGAUAAAGACUACACUGCCGAGUUAGUUACACGUCUGUCAAUUCAUCAUAUUCAAAUUUCAGUUGAAUUCCCAAAUGGUGGGAUAACUGAGAAGAGUAUAAAUCUCCAUUCACCUUUAAAAAUUGGCAGCUGUUAGCUGGUAUUUGCUUGUGUGAACCAUGCCUGUGGCAAGGUAACUAUUGUGAUGUUUGGCUUUUUAAAACUAGUAUAGAAACUAUUGUGGAAUAGAGUGGCAAUGAAAAGCUCUUAAUUGGACAUGGGCUUACAAAUUGAGAAAUGAUCAGUUAAUAGGGGAGUUAUGUUCUGGGACUGUGUAAGCAUUGUUUCAGAAUCUUUGAAUAUUAGAUGUACAGAAUGAGAAGUACCAUACACAGGUGUUCUCUACUAGAAACAAGGUAAAAACAUCUGAACAACUGAUCUCACAUUUCUUCAAGUGUUGUAUUGCACAAAUAAUGUAUGCUAAUAGGCUGUGAUACUGCAUACAGUAGUUUCUAGAAAUAGCUAGGAGUAGCUGGCUUCCUUUGGGUAGCUGAACAUUGCUUUCCUAGAGGAACUGUUGAGAUUAUGCCUCCUUCUUUUCCUCUUUUGGAGUGAAACCAUGACUUUCAAAAUGUUCUACGAAUAUUGAGAUUCCUGAAGAAUUGUGUAUGCCAUGGCACAAUUUAGGAAACAAGAGCCCAAAAUAGGCCAUAGCAUAGUGAUGAGGAUCAUCACGGCUGGGGAAAUGGGCUAAGCCGAGUGUUCAGCGUGGUGAAUCCCACCGUCAUCACCUCCAGGCUACGACUUACUCGGGAUUUUCUCCACGUGAUGUAAAACAGUAUGUUUCCAGAUGAAAGUCUUGUGAAGAUUUUGAUGUUGCCAAGAGCGCCUUACGAUGCAGUAGGAGAAAAAUUGUAUUGAAUAAAUUAGAAAUUAAAUUCCGAACAUGUGUGUCUGAGGGAAACCAGAUUGUGGACAGCUGCAGUUGGGGUUCACAUGCGUACUUGCUGUGCUUGACUGUAGCUGGUUUAACAUUUACUGUCAUGCAUACUGUUAACAUUCGAAGUGCACAUUUCCAUUUCGGUUUUUUUAGUAUAUUAAAAUGUCACUGUAGUUAUUGGAAGCUUGGUAAAUUACCACAUUUUCCAACUUAAAUGAAGAAAUUUUUUUUGUGGUAUACUAAUGGGUAGUCAAAUUUAAGGGUUGGGUAGACAAGCUUUUCUGGGUUGUCCUUAGUGUGUGUUUUUUACUUACCAGUCUGUAUGUGGAUCUGGUACUCGAUAAUUGUGAAAGGACCCUGCCUGCCCUCUUGGGUGUUCAUCUGCCACAUCUUAGGAACCAUGAAGAUGCAUACUGUUGUGCUUAGCCCUUCAUGAGAGAUAGCACUUUUGUGUUUCUUUUAUUACUGUUUAUCAGAGUCCUUGAAUAGCUCCCAUUGUUUUUGGAGUAGUUUUUCAGAGAGGUUUUGUAUUGUUCUUCUGAGCAUUUUAAAUUACAAAUUGCUUCUUGUACUCUUUUGCAUACAGAUGUCUUUGAAGAACUCAUGCGUAAAUUCAGUUCCACAACUGAUUUCAAACUUUUUAAGAAGCACACUGAGCAAAAUAAUAGCACUGUGAAAAUUAAUGGCAGUCUUAAUGGAAAUUUGCCAGACGAAAGGACUAAGGACUUCAACUCUGGGCGUUUUUCCUCUCCAGUCAGUGUGGAAUCACUUAGUGCUGCUGUGAUCCUUUGAUGUAAUUUAACAAGGGAUGGAUGCUUGUAUUGGUUGUCAUGGAUGAUGACGACGAUGAAUCCUGUCUCCUUGAUCUUAUUGGGGACCCGCAGGCGCUGAAUUAUUUUCUUCAUGGACCCAGUAGUAAGUCUAGCAAUGAAGACUUGACUAAUGCAGAAUAUUCUGUAGCCAACUCAAAUUCGAUUUUCGCCAACUCCAAUAACACUGAUCCUAAGUUGUCUGUGAAAGGUGUAAGCGGUCAGCUUGGAGAGGGGCCUAGUGAUGGGCUGCAGCUGUCCAGUAGCCUUCAGUUUCUUGAAGAUGAACUUGUAUCUUCUCCUUUACCUGAUCUUACGGAGGAUCAGCCUUUUGAUAUUCUUCAGAAGUCCUUGCAGGAGGCCAAUAUUACUGAACAGACUUUGGCAGAAGAGGCAUAUUUGGAUGCCAGUGUAGGUUCUAGCCAACAGUUUGCACAAUCUCAGCUUCAUCCUUCUUCAUCAGCAUCCUUUACUCAGGCUUCUAAUGUUUCUAAUUACUCAGGUCAGACGUUGCAACCUAUAGGAGUUACUCAAGUGGUACAGCAACCUGUUGGAGCAUCUUUUGCAAGCAAUACAGUUGGUGUGCAACAUGGCUUUAUGCAACAUGUUGGAAUUAGUGUUCCCAGCCAGCAUUUGUCUAAUAGCAGCCAGAUUAGUGGUUCUGGGCAGAUACAGCUAAUUGGUUCAUUCAGUAAUCAGCCUUCCAUGAUGACCAUUAAUAACCUUGAUGGAUCUCAGAUUAUACUGAAAGGCAACGGGCAGCAAACACCUGCAAACAUGAGUAGUGGCCUCUUGGUUCAUAGACAGACUCCGAAUGGUAACUCACUGUUUGGUAACUCAAAUUCAAGUCCAGUAGCACAACCUGUAACUGUUCCAUUUAACAGCACAAAUUUUCAGACGUCAUUGCCUGUCCACAAUAUAAUCAUUCAGAGGGGUUUGGCACCAAACUCUAACAAAGUUCCCAUUAAUAUCCAACCAAAGCCUGUCCAGAUGGGUCAGCAGACUGCUUACAAUGUGAAUAACUUGGGAAUACAGCAACAUCACGUACAGCAAGGGAUUCCUUUUGCUUCUGCAAACUCACCUCAGAGUUCAGUAGUUGGUCCUCAUAUGUCUGUUAAUAUUGUUAAUCAGCAAAAUACAAGAAAAUCAGUUACACCUCAGACAGUAAGUAAUGCUGGAGGUAGUAUUGUUAUCCAUUCUCCUAUGGGACAGCCUCAUGCACCUCAAAACCAGUUUCUCAUACCUACAAGUCUGUCCGUUAAUUCUAAUUCAGUUCAUCAUGUCCAGGCCAUAAAUGGACAACUUCUUCAAACUCAGCCUUCCCAGUUGGUUCCUAGCCAAGUGUCUGCUGAGCACGUAAUGCUGAACAGGAAUUCUACAAACAUGCUAAGAGCCAACCAGUCAUAUUCAGGACAGAUGCUGAAUAAUCAGAACACAGCUGUUCAGCUUGUUUCUGGCCAGACCUUCACAGCUCCUGGAAACCAAGUUAUAGUAAAUCACGGAACUUCGCAAAUUGUUGGUGGACAGGUGCCAUUGCAGCAGGCAUCACCAACAGUGUUGCAUCUGUCACCCAGUCAAGCUAAUGUUUCUCAAGGUAGAUCUAGUUUUACUACGAUGUCACCUGGGCAGUCUACAGUCUCAAAUGUAUCAGCUUCUAAUCGAUUUGCUGUUGCAAGUUCUUCUGGUUCAGUACAUCCUAGCUUGGGACCAUCAGUUCAGUCUGUCGCAUCAGGAGGAAACUUUACUGGAGAUCAACUCGCGCAGAACAGAACUCAAGCUACUGUCAGUGCAUCUCAUCGUCUUUCAGCAUCCUCCUCCAAAUCUGUCAGCACCUUUAGUCACACAUCAGUUGGAGUAACACAACAACAGUUCGCCUUUGGUCAGAAAGCUAUGAACCAGACAUCACCAGGUUCUACUUCAAAGACCCAGGAUAAUUUGAGACAGCCUCAGCUAACAAGUCUUCUGAGCAACACACUAUCAGGACAGGACUCUGGAGGAAAAAUCAUACAGCAGUCUCUAGGAAACACACAGCUACAAGAAAAAGUAAUAGGGUCAUCAUCAAUUCAACAGAGUAUACAGGUGGAUGGUCAUUUAGUUGGACAGAAAAGGCCUGCUGCUAAACAGUUAACUAAAGGAGCUCUCAUUCUACAGCAAUUACAGAGGGAUCAAGUGCGUGCAGUGACACCAGAUAAAAGUCGGUUCAGAUCAUUAAAUGAUGCUAUUCAGAGACUCCUUUCAUACCAUGUGUGCCAGGGAUCACUGCCAACAGAGGAAGACUUAAGAAAAGUGGACAGUGAAUUUGAAUCUGUAGCUACACAGCUUCUGAAGAGGACACAGGCUAUGCUGAACAAAUACAGAUGUUUGCUUAUAGAAGAUGCAAUGCGAAUAAAUCCUUCUGCAGAAAUGGUUAUGAUUGAUAGGAUGUUUAACCAGGAAGAAAGGGCAUCUCUGACCCGGGAUAAGCGUCUUGCACUAGUGGAUCCUGAUGGUUAUCAAGCUGAUUUUUGUUGUUCUGCCAAACAAUUUGAUAAAAUAGCUGAAGAAGCACAGUCCAGCAAAAGUGACCAUCAGUCUAGCAAAACAUUACCUUCUCGAAGUCAGACUACCAAAACCCAAGCCAGAGACCAACCAAAAUCCAGCUCAGCAGAGUGCACAAAUCACAGUAAACUUCCUCCAGUGCCUAACAACGUUCUGAAACCACAAGAAGGAAUAGCUUCUAGUAAAAAAACGGAGAGCCUCUCUAAAGCUUUAAAGUUUGAAAAAGCUAAUUGUUCUUCUGAGAGCCAAUACACGGCCCUUUCUGAAGAAAAGAUGGCUGGGAAAAAUCUUGCCAAGUCCACUGAGAAUUCUUCGAGUUCUGAAGACUUGUCAAAAACUGUGUCAAGAGGUGGUCAUGGAACACACAACAAAACACCAAGGAACACAGUUCAGUCUUUCUCAAAGGUAACGUGUAAUAAUUCCCUCCAAGACAAAACUCUGAGGAGCUCUCCAAAGAAUGAGGUUUUACAUCCUGAUAACAGGAAAGGCUCUGGUGAAGCCCAUCAAGACUUGCUGCUGAGUAAGAGUUUAGAAACUACAUUUAAAAACAUCUUGGAACUUAAAAAAGCCGGGAGACAGCCACAAAACGAGGCUACAAGUAGCGGCUCAGUUGAAUUAGAAUUUCCUAAUUUUUCACCUAUUGCUUCACAGGAAAACUGCCUGGAAAAGUUUAUUCCAGACCACAGCGAAGGUGGUGUAGAAACUGACUCUAUUUUAGAAGCAGCUGUAAAUAGUAUCUUAGAGUGUUAAUAGUUACAUGGACAAGUUAUGUUUCUCUUAGCAGAAGCAAAUGUGAAUGACACCACAAGUACAGCCUGACAUGCAUUUAAGGUUAACCUUUCUAAACUAGAUUCUGUUCUGUGUUUGAGAGCAAUACUCAUUGUGGUUACAGUGAGAUAUCCAAGUAAAGUUAAUCCUUGUUAGAAUGCAGUCUGUUAGGGCCUUACUAUUUCAAGUAUUAUAGUGCUUUUGGUAAUUGUGCUGUACUGCAACAUAACAAGGUUGCAGGUCGUUAGGCCCUAUGUAAUACGGUAAUAUACUGACAAUCACAGUCGUUUGAAAGGAUAUAUUUAUUAAGAAGAUGUUUUUAAAAAGUGAUGGAAGCAACACUUCUCCCCUAGCAUUCUCUUCAACAAAUCAUCAAAGUUUUAUUUUUUCUGGAAAACCCACUGUACCUCUAUUCAGAA